UUCACCUCACCGAUAGAUCUAAUUAGGUGACUAUAAAAUAAAGAAAAAAAAAAAAAAGCAAAGGCGCACUGUGAGAAUCUUGUUCAGUGUGUGAAAGAAAAAGUAAUAUCCAAAGUAGCUAUCACACCAUAAAGAAAAAUGUAUUAAAAUGAAAAAGAAACGAAGGGAAUGGUUUGUCUUGUAAUGAACUAUAAUAUGUGCUCUAAAAGCUUCUUGCUUAUCAAGUUAAGCACCCUCUGCUGCUAUGUACCUUUCCUUUUACAUCCUUUUCUUCUUUACCUUACCAUACACAACUAAGACUUCCACUAAUCUCACUCUCUUUCUUUCAUUUCCUUUUUCUCCCUUAUUAACUUUCCCAUACCCCAAACUGAUCUCAGGAAGAAAGAAAACCAAGUAAAUGACAUUAUUAAGAAAACAAACCAAUAACCCUCUUACGAGCUUAUUAUUGUUAUCUCUCAGAUUACAGUAAUAUUCCAUUAAUGGCGACCGUACAGAAACUCAUAGUCGAAGUCGUGGACGCUCGUAACCUCUUGCCGAAAGACGGGCACGGCACGUCGAGUCCGUACGUAACGGUUGAUUAUUACGGUCAGCGAAAGCGAACCCAGACUAUCAUCCGGGACCUGAACCCGACGUGGAAUGAAGUGCUGGAGUUCAAUGCAGGGAAACCCUCGGAAGUGUUCGAGGACAUUUUGGAGCUCAAUGUGUUCCAUGACAAAUCUCAUGGGCCAACGACGAGGACCAACUUCCUGGGCAGGCUUCGCCUCAAUACGGCUCAGUUCGUUAAGAAAGGAGAAGAGGCUCUGAUAUAUUUUACUCUUGAAAAGAAACACUUGUUCAGUUGGGUUCAAGGUGAUAUUGGCUUGAAGGUCUAUUACGCCGAUCAGGUCAUCCAGCCGCCGCAACCGCCAACGGAGGAGGAAAAGAGGCCUGAGCCGACGCCGACGCCGACUCCAGAGCCAACCCCGGAGCCACCAGCUUCCGAGUCAAACACAGCAGAAAAUAAUGCUACUGAGGCUGAAAAGUUUGAUCAGCCUCCGGCUGAACAACAGGCACCACCUUCUGAGCCGUCGUCGGAAAGUGACAAGCCUGUUGAGCAGGCCGAGGAAAUUGCUCCACCACAAGAAAUUCCUUCGGAACAUACUCCCCCUCCGCCUUCGCCUCCACCUCCGCCUUCCCCUCCCAAAACCAUGCAACGUGAAGCUGAACUAGAUAGAAUGGCGUCAUCUGUUUCAAGGCCGUUGUCUGAAGUUAGGAUGGCUGGAGCCCACGGUCCCAGGCCGAUCAAGAGACCCUUCCCUUCUUUAGAAUCAUUUACGUCUGAUGUGUCUGAUAUGGUCACUUCAAUUGAACGAUCUUCAUUCGAUCUAGUGGAGAAGAUGCACUACAUCUUCGUACGGAUCGUGAAAGCCAGAUCACUCCCCACGAAUGGUAAUCCGAUUGUGGAAAUAUCGGUAUCCAACUACCAUGUCAGAUCAAAACCAGCAAGGAAAACGGUCUUCUUCGAUUGGGACCAAACCUUCGCCUUUUCCCGCGACUCACCGGAAUCUUCCUCAAUUCUAGAGGUCUCUGUGUGGGACCUACCCAGCUCGAAUCCCGCAUCCGACGUUGCAAGCAAAAACUUCUUGGGUGGCAUUUGUUUCGACGCGACAGAGAUUCCAUUGCGGGACCCACCGGACAGCCCAUUGGCCCCACAGUGGUAUCGAUUGGAAGGGGGUGGAGCUCACUGCGGAGACCUUAUGCUCGCAACAUGGGUAGGCACCCAGGCUGACGAAUCGUUUCCCGACGCUUGGAAAACGGACACUGCCGGAAACCCACACGCUCGAGCCAAAAUCUACCAAUCCCCCAAACUCUGGUAUCUUCGUAUCACAGUCCUUGAAGCCCAAGACGUUCUCCCCAUGACGAAGUUGUUUAAGGAGUCUAGCUUCCAAGUCAAAGUUCAGCUGGGUUUCCAAAUUCAAAAGACCAAGGCCUCUCUCACGCGCAAUAGCACUCCCUCGUGGAAUGAAGAUCUUGUUUUCGUCGCGGCCGAGCCUUUCUCCGAACAUAUUGUCAUCACUCUGGAGAUACGACAACAGAAGGGCCAAGCAACAUUGGGAACAUCAAUAAUUCCUCUCACCGUUGUCGAGAGGAGAGUCGAUGACAGAAUAGUAGCAUCACGAUGGCUCAGCCUUGAAAAUAUUCAGGAUGAGAAAAGAAGAGCUUACAGCGGACGGGUUCACCUCCGUCUCUGUUUCGAUGGUGGAUAUCACGUGAUGGACGAGGCCGCACACAUGUGCAGCGACUACCGCCCAACAGCCAGGCAGCUCUGGAAGCCCCCGGUUGGCACUUUGGAACUCGGUAUCGUCCGGGCCAAGAACCUUGUUCCGGUAAAGAGCUUCGACGGCAAGGGGUGUACGGACGCGUACUGUGUGGCCAAGUACGGUUCGAAGUGGGUGCGCACGCGUACGAUUUCGGACAGUUUGGACCCCAAGUGGAACGAGCAGUACACCUUCAAGGUGUUUGAUCCUUGUACCGUUUUGACGAUCGGGGUGUUUGAUAGCUGGGAAACUUCUGCAAUAGACGGUUCUGAAGACGCCCCGCGACUCGAUUACCGAAUUGGAAAGGUUCGGGUGCGUAUAUCUACGUUGGCUACCGGCAAAGUGUACAAAAAUACGUAUCCUUUGUUGGUAUUGUCUCCAGGUGGUAUGAAGAAAAUGGGUGAGGUGGAUAUCGCUAUACGAUUUGUGAAGGUGAGUCCUACCUUAGAUUUGCUCCACGUGUAUUCUCAACCUUUAUUGCCGUUGAUGCACCAUAUCAAAUCUCUUGGGUUAGUUCAACAAGAUGUGUUGAGAAGCAGCACUGUGAAAAUCGUUGCCGCACACUUGUCGCGAUCAGAGCCACCACUUCGUCGUGAAGUCGUGCUUUAUAUGCUUGAUGCUGACUCGAACGUGUUCAGUAUGAGAAAAGUUCGAGUAAAUUACUUAAGAAUUAUUAACGUGAUCGCUAACGUGAUCGACGUUGUCCAUUGGGUUGACAAAACACGAACGUGGAAAAAUCCAACGGCUACAGUACUUGUGCAUGCAUUACUCAUAAUGUUGGUGUGGUUUCCUGAUCUAAUCGUCCCCACUCUUGCUUUUUAUGUCUUUGCGAUUGGUGCUUGGAAUUAUAGGUUACGAUCUCGAUACCCACUUCCUCAUUUUGAUCCUAAACUUUCAUUGGUAGAGACUGUCGACUGUGAUGAGCUAGAUGAGGAGUUCGACACAUUACCAAGUUGUAGACAACCAGAAGCGAUUCGGGCUAGGUAUGAUAAACUUCGAAUAUUAGGGGCAAAAGUGCAAAAUGGUUUAGGAGAUUUGGCCACGCAAGGCGAGCGUUUGCAAGCAUUGGUUACGUGGCGCGAUCCAAGGGCCACCGGAAUUUUUGUAGGAUUGUGUUUUGUGGUUGCAAUGAUGUUGUACUUGAUCCCAUCAAAAAUGGUGGCGAUGACUUUUGGAUUCUAUUAUUUUCGUCAUCCGAUCUUUCGUGAUAGGAAGCCAUCUCCAGCUUUGAAUUUCUUCAAAAGGCUUCCUUCAUUGGCUGAUCGUAUCAUGUAAGUUAGAAAGAAUGUCUUUCAAAAAGGAAAAGAAAGGCUAGCAAAUAUGUAACUUUGUUGGUUCAAGUGCUCCUUAGAAAGUGGGGACUUCUAUUUU